AUGCCCGAGCGAGAAGAAGAAGAAGAAGAAGAAGAAGACAACGACGAUGAUGACAUCAGAGGAAGAGGACAAAAACGAGAACAACAACGAGGAGGAAAGAAUAAUAAGAACAAGAACGACCCAAACUUAUUCCGAAUCUUAAUCGCCACGGACAACCACUUGGGCGCGCACGAACGAGACCCGAUUCGGAAAAACGAUUCGUUCAUCGCGUUUCGAGAAAUCUUGGAGACCGCGAAGAAGGAAAAAGUGGACGCGCUGUUUCUGGGAGGCGAUUUGUUCGACCAGAACAAACCGAGCCGAGAAACCUUGGUACAAACGAUGGAUGUUUUGAGAGAGUACGUGUUCGGGGACGAUGCGAUCGAGUUUGAAGUUGUGUCCGAUCAGAGCAUAAAUUUUCCGAAUCGAGGCAUCGUGAACUUUGAGGAUGAAAACGUGAACAUCGCGCUGCCGAUAUUCGCGAUUCACGGGAAUCACGACGACCCGUCCGGGCAGGAGAAUUUAUCAGCGCUGGAUAUUUUGUCCAGUUGCUCGUUGAUUAAUUAUUUCGGUAAGCACGCUCUGAGUGGGUCGAACACGGGUGCGAUUGAAUUGAAACCGGUGUUGUUGAGAAAAGGCGAGACGAAGUUGGCCUUGUACGGGUUAGGAUGGAUACGAGAUCAGAGAUUACACCAGAUGAUGGCGAGUAAAGGGAACGUGAAGUGGAUUCGACCGGGGAGUUCGGACGAGAAGACGCCGUUGGCGAACUGGUUUAAUCUCAUGUUGAUUCAUCAAAACAGAGUGUCGCACGCGCCGAAGAAUUCAAUUUCCGAGAGGCACUUGCCGAAUUGGAUGGAUUUAGUCGUUUGGGGACACGAACACGAGUGUUUGAUUGAGCCGCAGUUGUUCGACGGCGUGAGCGUUUCGCAACCGGGGAGCUCGGUGACGACGUCGUUGGUGGAAGCCGAGAGUGGGACGAAGAAGAUUUGUAUUUUAGAGUUGAAACCGGGGAAGGAGAAGAAAGAUCCGCCGCAUUGGCGGUUGUUGCCAGUUCCGUUACAAACGACGAGACCUUACGCAUUUAAGAACGUCUCGUUAGCAGAACAGGAAGAUUUGUUGAACGAUGAGGAAGAUGGGGGAGGUCAGGAUCAGGAAGCCAUCGAGAACUUCUUGAUGAUUACGGUGAAUGGCAUGAUUAAAGAGGCAAUGCAAAACGCGGCGAGCGGCGUGAAAAAGUUGGCGCAGUUGAACCAACUGCCGUUGAUUCGAUUGCGAGUGGAUUUGACCGGUGGUUUCCAGAGCGUCAACGUCCAAAAGUUUGGGCAAAAGUUUGUGGGUAAAGUCGCGAAUCCUUCGGAUAUGUUGUUGUUUCACAAAUCGAAGAAAAAAAAGGGAGGGAACAAAGACGAGGAAGACGAGUUCAACGAAGGGAUGAUGAAAGAAAAUAUAAACGUAGAAGAUGAGGACGAGGAUUUAGACGACGCGAGAGCAGGGCCGAGACAGGACCAAAAACGGAUCGAACGGUUGAUCAAAGAACGAAUGGAUAAAGGAUUACAAAUUUUAGACAUUCCAAACUUAAUGAACUCUUUGGACGAUAUGGUGAACAGAGACGACAACAAAGCGGUGAAAACUUUGUGCGAGUCGACGAUGAAACACUUUCAAAGAGAGUUGGCGUCGACCGCGCAACCGUCGGAGUUAAUUGAAGCGAGCGAAGUGCAGAGGAGAGUGCAAGAGUUGACGAAGAAGCACACGCAACAGCAACAACAACAACAACAACAAGAUGGAGGUGCUCGUGCCAAAGCGAAGAAAGGUCAGCAAGCGGCGACGCAACAAACGCAGCGCGCGCAACAAGUGCGAGAGUUUCAAGACGCGGCACCAGCGAAGAAAUCCGAAGCGACGAGACAGUUAGACGAAGAAGAAGCGCUAGAGCGUGUAUUAUUAGCACAGCAAAAAGAAGCUGCCCAGGACGGUCGCGCGCAAAGACCAGUUCCGGCGUCUCGCAGAGGAGGCGCAAAACAACCUCCGCCGCCGGUUCCGGAGACGAAGAAAAAAGGAGACGACGACGAUUACGUCGUUUCGGAUUCAGAGGAAGAAGACGACGACGUCAUCCCAGCAUCUGCGCAGCCAGUAGCUGCUGCAAGGCGUGGGCUAGCUGUUGGAGCGAAAAGUGCAGCCGCCGCAGCGGCGGCGGCAAAAAGGAAACAGCGACAACAAUCGGAUUCGGAAUCUUCUCAAGACGAGGAAGUGCCUGAUUCGGAAGAAGAAGAAGACGAGGAUUUCGCAGAUGCGAAACCCGCACCGAAGAAGAGAGGUGGAGCUGCAGCAGCCGCAGCCGCCGCAACGAGAGCGACAAGACGAGGUCGUGGCGCGACGCCUUCGACGCAAACGAAGAGCAGAAAAGUUCCAGAAAGUAUUGUCAUCGACGACUCCUCGGAUUCCGACGAAAAGGCCACACCUUCUGUCGCGGCUGGAGCUGGAAGAACAUCUGCUGCCGCUUCGAGAGGCAGAGGCCGCGCGCGCGGUGCCAAAGUUUUGAACAAUCCAACAACAAAAUCGGUAGUUGGGAAUAAGCGCGGCAGAGGUGCCGCCUCGUCGAAGCGAGGUGCUGGUAACAACGCGGACGACUCUGACUCGGAAGAACGCGCGAGACCGACGAGAAGAACGCGCGGCGCGCCCAGUACUCUUCCCACAACAGGAGGCACCCAGAGAAGCACGCAACGAUCCGGGGCGCCCGGUGGCACGCAAAGGACUACCGGAACUGCCUGGGGUCGCUCCAAGAAAUAA